AUGUCUAAGUCCGAGGUUCUGAGAGGUUUUGUUACCGAGAGACUCGCCGCCGCCUCCCAGGAAAUCUUAGCGGCCGUGGACGGACUCGUAGCCGGGUACGAGGAGGAGGCGUCGGGCCUCAGACAGGAGAUCGACCGGCAGAGGAGACUACUGGAGGUUGUCCUGCAGCCUCGGGUCAUACUCAACAAAGCCGGUGUGAAGCGCAGCAGGAGACUCCGCCAUGAUGAAGAGGAUAACGAAGAUGAGUACGACAAGAAUCUGGAUAUGAAUAACAGAACUCCAUCAAGGUCUUUGUCUUCCAGAGGUGAGUUAGAGCAGAGGAAGCAAAGCGGACCUCAGAUCAGUGAAACUCAGAACCACGUGGACCUCAGGAUCCGAUUCCAGGAGAACCUACAGACCAAAGUACCUUCAAAAAAAGAUGUUCAGCAUCUGUUCGUGAUUAAAGAAGAGGUUCCCCCUGAGUUGAGCCCUCGUCUGGAUCAGGAGGAACCAGAGAGCCCAAACAUUAAAGAGGAACAGGAGGAACUCUGGACCAGUCAGGAGGGAGAACAGCUUCAAAGGUUGGAGGAGACUGAUGAUACCAUGGUCCCACUCACUCCUGUCCAUGUGAAGAGAGAGGAUGAUGAUGAUGAUCCUCAGUCUUCACAGCCUCAUCCAAGUCAAACUGAAAGGAGCAGAGAGGCAGAGCCUCCGUCCAGCAGCUCAGCUCAGCAGAUGGAAACAGAGGCUGAUGGAGACGACUGUGGAAGAUAUAAACCAGACAGGAACUUAGAUCCACAUGGUCACCUUCAACCAGACACAGAUGAACAGGUCUUAGAUUCCUCCGAGACUGAAGACAGUGACAUUGAUUGGAAGGAAGUCCAUACAGCUGGGAAAUCAUUUGAUUGCAGUGUUUGUGGGAAGAGAUUUAAGCGACGGACGUCGUUAAAUAUGCACACAAGAGUCCAUACAGGAGAGAGACCAUUUAGCUGUGAUGUUUGUGGGAAAAGAUUUAAGUGGCGGGGGGUAGUUAAGAGGCACAUGUACGUGCAUACUGGAGAGAAACCAUUUGGUUGCGGUGUUUGUGGUAAGAGAUUUAAUCGUCGGGAAAACCUUAAAGGGCACACAAGAGUCCAUACGGAAGAGAAACUGUUCAGUUGCAGCUUUUGUAGCCAUCCAUUUACAGCUUCUUCAAACAGGAUAAGACAUAUGCAGAUAUGUAAACACAAGUUUGUUAUUAAGGGCAGCAGCACUUAGUGAAGCAGCAGAGUUGCAGGUUGAACUGAAAGAGCCUCAUUUCAGCAUAAUUACAAUGGCGAGCAUCGAUCACGGUUAACUGUAAUAUCCUUAGUAAUUCUUUAUUAUCUGUAUUUACUUCUAUUGUUUAUCUGAGUUGUAUUUUUGAAUAUAUUUUUACUAAACUACUAUUCGCAUUUAACGUAACAAAGUUCUGUUACACCUCAGGUGAAUAUAUUUUUGGUUGUGAAAUAAAUUCAGAAUUUAAUAUGCA